ACCACCACACCCAACGCAGCCAUGGUCAAAGUCGAGAUCGUCGAGGACAAGGACAACCAGUACAACAACAACUCUCCCUAUGGCUCCGACGCCUCCUCCCGCUCCUCCUCCUCCGUCUCCAUCUCCACCGUCGACUCAGACGUCCCCCACGACGAGUCCAUCCUCGACCGUCUCACCGCCCUCGUAGACAUCGUACCCCCCACCACCCGCCACAACGUCGUCUCAAAAAUAUCCUCAACGGCGCGCUUCUUGAAGCGCGGCGGAAAGCUCGCGGGGAACCUCAUCUGGAUCGUCACCACCAGCGCGCUCCUCGUCGGUCUGCCCCUCGCGCUCAGUCUUGAGGACGAGGCGAAGGUAGUCGCGCAGGAGAAGGAGAUGUUUGCGCAGCAGCAGGGCCAGCAGCAGCUCCUCGGUGGCGGCUCGAUGUACCCACCACCCCCCGGCUCGUCAGAGCAAAACCGCUCUCAGGGCCUCGUCCCACCAGGCUUCUAAUUCCAAACCAUCCUCGUAUUCCCCAUGUUACAUGCACCUCGAGACGACCUUUAUUCGCCUUAACAUGCCCGCACGCACGCAUGCACGCACACGUCAUACCUCCAUUCAUCAUCUCUCGUGCGCUCCUCGCAUCUGUACCAUACAUACUCUGACUCAGCACCCCCUCUCUUACCGUAUGCUUCCUCACCCAAAUUGCAUCCCAAAAACUUCUCAUCGCCUCUUGGUGAACAUGCUCGGUUUCUUAAG